AGUUUCGGCUUCGGCAAAAAUGACUUCCCUUCAACGCAUGGCUGCGCCGCCUUGGCUUGUUCGCGAUGGAUCCACUCGAUCGCAAGCAGGUGUGGCGUCGCCGGUCCGAAUGCCAGAGCAAAACAGCGUCGCUAAGCUUGCCAGGCCGAAGGCCAAUGGCCAAAGCGAUGUCGCCAGGUUUGCACGAUUUCCCAUGGCUGGCGCUGGCGCUCUGGCCACUAUUUUUGCCCGAUCCCUCACUCGACCGACUGGGCGUCCAAGUCGCUCCAGCCGCUCGAGCUCGACCGAUAAAUUCCAACGGACCCGCUUGGUGACCUUCACAGGUAUGGUUGCAGGAUAUGCAGUGUACUACUUCACCCGGCUCUCAUUUACAUAUGUGGGUUUGGCAAUGCGGAGCGAUUUGGGUCUGAGCAUGGUGCAGCUGGGUGCAAUCAGCUCUUUGUUUCCGCUUGCAUACAUGAACUCGAAGUUCCUUUCUGGCAUUUUGUCAGACCUGUUGGGUUCUCCAGUCUUGAUCUUUUCGUUGGGCUUGAUGUGCACCGGCGUGCUGAACAUCGCUUUCUCCACUGCGAACACUGUACCCAUGUUUACGUUGAUUUGGCUUUUGAAUGGCCUCUUUCAGGGGUGUGGUGCGACCCCAUGCAACAAGAUGCUCGUGAAUUGGUUUCCAGCAAGGAGUCGAGGAAAGUGGUGGAGUUCAUGGAAUGCUUCCCACAACAUGGGCGGAUUUUUGAUCCCGUUACUGGCAGGUGGACUGGCUGCUCGCUUUAGCUGGCGUGCUGGCAUGUUUGGACCAGGGGUCAUUGCGUUAGUCGCAGGUGUCUUGGCACUGCUCUUCAUGAAGGACUCGCCGGAGAAGCUUGGCUUACCCUCAGCCGAGGAAUGGGCAGCUCCACGCUUUGCAACCUCAAACGAGGCGAAAGUGGAGGAGAAAGAGGCAGAUGAGGCACCUGAGGAUGAGAAACUUUGGAAGCAACUGCUCAGGAACAAGUUCCUUUGGUGUAUGGCAGCUAUGCAUUUCUUCAUUUACUUCAUCCGCCAAGGCGUGCUGAACUGGGCCCAUUUCUACAUCAUGGAUGAAUUUGGUGUCCCGGCCAUGGAGGCCACGGCACGAGUCAGCGGCUUUGAGCUUGGAGGCCUGCUUGGCUGCAUCGUUGCAGGCCAGGUUUCAGAUUGGCUGAUCAGUCGCUACCCUCAGCGUGGGGCGGCAGGUCUGAGGGCACAGGUCAUGGUGGUCUAUUCAUUGGCGGCAGCUGCUGCGGUCUUUUCCUUGUGGGUGGGUCCUCCAAUCGCAUUGCUUCAAUGGGCCUCUAUGGCUGCCUUUGGCUUCGCCAUCUAUGGGCCACAAACUCUCAUCACGAUGACAGGGGUGGAAACUGUUCCGCGGAGAGCAGCUGCUACAGCAGGAGGUUUGUUGGCAUAUCCUGCGCAGCUCGGUUCCAUGUGUGCAGGCCUGCCCUUUGCUCUUUUGGUGCAGAACUACGGAUGGGGCGGCUUUUUCCCAAGCCUCAUCGGCUUGAGUUUGGUCUCUGCAGCUGUCAUCGUCCCCACCUUGAACACGCCCUCGUAUUGGCAGGCUCGCCAUGGCUGGAAAAAGUGACGGCCCUCAGACUCUCCGAAUGGACAAAAGAGAGCCAAAAAUAUGAAUGCCCGAUUGCCUCAAUUCAUGAAUAUCUGGAAGACUUCAAGAGGACGUCUUUGGAUAAUGCCAUCUGGAAGACUUUUGCUUUUGCUGGC